AUGUAUAAUUUAUUUCGCAUUACUUACAGGUCAAAAGGUUUUUUAAAUCUCAUGGUCGACAAUUCUGUUAACGCCCAACAGCAAAAACUUGAUAACAUCUCAAGUUUUUUCACGAAUACUUAUAAAUAUUAUGGAAGAAAAACUCUGACGAUAAAUGAAUCCAUAAAAGCUCCAGUUGAACGCUCGCAAUAUAUUUUUGGCUUAAGAAGUUUACUUUUCUUUACUUUUAAGGAUAUUCAAUUUGAAAGCAGUUUCUGA